GCCAAUCACGUUAAUCAACUUCCUAAUACGUACUAAAAACUGUCAGGAUCAAUACAUAAUCCCUCCACGCUAUGGCUGCCGGAGCCGAUAUCAGAAUCCUAGCUGAAAAGGAAUCUGUCCACUGUAACAUAUUGGCAAUCUUACACUCGAGCUGAUAAGCUCGAACAAAAUUAAGUUCAGUAUUUCACAUGCAAGAUGUCCUAGACCUGCAUUUAAUGAAACAAUAGAAAUCCGACCCGACACGUGUCACGGCUUCACAUACCUGUACAGGGCAGCAUCUCAGCAGAGCCUAACGCAUUGUGUGCAAAGGGAACUGCAUAGAAAGGUCACAGCGUCACCGAGAAAUUGAGGAAAGCUACGAUAUUUAAUCCUGCUCAAAGCAAUACAGGAGGGAUGUGGCUGUGGUGACCUGAAAAGUGGAUGAGGUGGUGCUUUGUGUGACAAUUGUUUUAAAAUUUCUGCUGGUGCUGAGCGAUUCUGUCUUGAAGUACUUCACCAGUGGAUACAUCAGAAAGCAACAAUGAGGCGGAGUAUGAUCCUGUCCCAAAUGAUGUCGGGCACCCGGCGAGACAGCCUGGUGCCCGAGGGCUACCUCACCACUCGGCGCGACAGCGGCGCCCUCCCCGAACACUUCCUGUCCGUACGACGGGACAGCUACGCUCUCCCCGAAAACUUCCUCGGCACACGCAGGGAGUCCCUCAUCCCCACCCGCAGGGACAGCUACAUUCCCCCCGAAAUCUUUCUCGGUCGCAGGGUCAGCCUCUUCCCGACCGAGAGCGGCGGACGUCGCUUCAGCAUGGCGUCCAACCAGGCCUCGAAGAAGGCAGAGAGCGUGGCACAGUCGUCCGAGGCCCCGAGCGCUGCUGGCAGUUACUCGAGCUUUCGAGAUGUCGUCAAGGAUAGGAUACUUGAGGACAAGGACAAAGACGUCAAUCUGCUGGGGGAGCCAAGGGUCAUAUUUGAAACAGCAAGCGGAAAAGCUGGGAUCGAUUUGGAAGCAAAGGAAACGUUGGCCGAGAUGAGGGUUGGAGAGGAUGCGCCCAUUUUGGAGAGGGAUCUUAUCAUAGCCACAGCAUUAGUAAGGGAUGCCAUGGAAAGCUAUCACUCAGACUUUGAGAUGACAGAGAAGGCUGUCAGAACGUACAUGGUAUACCACCACUGGGUGCUGAAGUUCAUGUUGUAUGUCUUCAUCCUUACUCAUCAUUUGCUGACAUUAUUUGAGCGUCCAGCAGUCGGCAACUGGGAACUUCCGCUCUGGGGAACAUUGAUGAUUGAAUCGUGCUGUCUGGCAUUCUACAUAUUUCGCUUGGUUCAAGCCUCAAGUUUCAGCCGUGUCGAAGUGUUCUGGCGGGACCCUAAGAACAUAGUGGUCAUGACUGUGGUUGGGGCUACUAUCAUAGACAUGAUAAUAUUUGUGUCAAUGUCGGCAACGGGCUUCGACCACAUGGCCCUUCGUUGCACCCGACCGUUACGGCCGCUGUUGAUGGUCAACUUUGCUGAAAAUAAACAGGUACGCAGAGCAGUGCGCAACAUCCGGAAUACCCUUAAGGAGAUUAUCUAUGCUUUGAUCCUGCUGUUCAUGAGCAUUGCUUUAUUUGCACUUCUUGCUCUAAAACUCUUCCAAAGAAGAGACCUUCACUAUCCCGACGGCCGUCCAUACUUCAGAGAUUACUUCGACAUAUACUUCAGCCUCUACGUGUUAAUUACUACAGCAAACCACCCAGAUGUAAUGAUGCCAGCUUACAAUGCAAAUUCUCUCUUCGCAAUCUUCUUCGUCAUCUACGUGCUCAUCUGUCUCUAUAUCUUCAUGAACAUCAUCCUUGCUGUCAUCUACUUCAACUACCGUGAAAACCUGAAAAUUGAAGUUCAGAACAUGGUUGCAAUCAAGCGCGACAACCUCUCAAGGGCAUUCGACCUCCUCAAAGUCCGCCAAGGAGACAACUUUGUCAUUACGUACAAUCGUUUUGUCGCCCUCAUCAACAGGAUACCACCAAAGCGUAGUGAGACCACAAAUAAAGUGUUGUGGUUUGUAUUAGAUCAGAAUGGGGACAACAAAGUAGAUUUGCCCGAUUUCAUGCACCUGGCCGACCUGUUGAACGUCCACAUCGUUGAGAUGGAAGAAUCGCUGAACAUGUUCCAGAGGUGCAUACCUGCAGUAUACAACAGCAGAGCCUCGAAAAUUGUCAGGAACAUCACAGCACAUAUAUUCUUUCGCUACCUGUUUGACCUGCUCAUCCUGGUGAACGCUAUAGUGAUUGGCCUGGACAUUCACGAAGCGGAGUGGUUUUUCCUCACAGUCUUCACGCUUGAAAUCCUGCUCAAGAUUUACACCUUCGGAUUCGUCAGAUUUAUAAAGCAAGCAUGGAAUGUAUUUGAUGUCAUAGUCAUUGGCUCUGCGCUGAUCGGAGCGAUCUAUGAGGAGAUAAUUGGAGAUUCAGCAAUCAACAAGAGAGCAACUUUAGACGUCCUGCUUGUGCUCAGAGUUCUCCGACUUGUGAAAUUAAUUCGCAACUUCAAGAAAUUCCGAGGAAUAAUAAACACCAUCACCAAUCUCGGACCCUCCAUCCUAACGUUCGGCGGGGUACUUUUUGCUGUGUACUAUGUCUAUGCUGUCAUCGGCAUGGAGCUGUUUCGACAGAAGGUCACGUUCUACGGAGGAUUUAACGAGACUGUCCCUUACUGUGGCAACCCGAAACUCAAGUACUCCGCAUUCUACGCAGCAGGAUACUGCAAGAACAAUUUCAACAACAUAUUCAGCUCUUUCGUUGUACUUUUUGAGCUUAUGGUUGUCAAUCAGUGGCACAUUUUGACAGAGGGCUUUGUCCAUGUCACCAGCAAAGCAGCUAGGUUCUACUUUUUGAUGUUCCACCUCUCUUGUGUGGUUAUUGUCCUGAACAUCUUCACAGCAUUUGUGCUUGAAGCAUUCAUCAUGGAGUACACCAUAGAUAAGACGAGACUGGAAAGUGCCGUCGAGACAAAGAUCCGUGAUAUGGGACUAAAAUUUGGAAAGAAACCAAGGAAGAAAGAAGCUGAAGGCGAAGCGGAGACGACCAUACCAAACGAUAUAAACGAGUUCAACGUAGACUCCGAUCAUAACACCCUCGAAGAAUCGGGAGAGCAUGGAAACACAGACCGCAAUUCCACACUACCCGAUAUGUCAGCUACUGUAGAUAGCCGAUUCUCCAUACGAAAAAAACGAAGAGUGGAAGAUAUUCUAGUCAUGAUGUUCGAGGACGAACUGGAGGAACUGGAGAUCAUGGCGUUGGCUGCCGCCAACGUGUCCUGCACCUGUCCUUGCACGUGCGGGAAGAAACAAGUAGCGUGAUUGUCACGCAUGCACUUCAAUGCAAUCGACAAACGAACCGCAGUCGUAUAGUGAUAGCAGACGACAGCUCGUCGUAAAGGAAUCAACAUGCCCAAGACGCAGGUGCCCUUCGAGCGGUCUAUGCGUGUGUCGAGAAGUCGGCGUAUUUUUCUUUACCUUAAAGUUGUAAAUAACUUAUAUUUGUUCCGGAGAAUGCACCUCUUUCGAUCAUACUAACACAUAUAGCUUAUUGCUUCGUAUGCUCUUUAACCUUUUUACUGAGAUCUGACGUAUAUAUGUGUUACGACGUCUAAACCAUGUUGAUGCUGAUUUAUAUACAUAGUUUGUUUGAUGACUACAACUUUGCAAAUUACUUGUGUAUUUGUUAAACUUGCACAUUUUGCGUUUUUUUUUCUUCUUUCGUUUAUCGGUGCGUCAGUAUCUGUUAAAAACUGCGUAUAUACUGGUUUUAUCUACCGAGAGUGAUGUAUAGUCACUAUAAUAUUGAGGUCGCAUGUUUAUGAGAGAGAGAGAGGAAGUUUCGCAAAAAUCGUGUAAAAAUGUAUUUAUAGGAGAAUGGUGAUUGUGAUAGGAGCGACAAUAAUUUACUGAAAAUAAAAAAAAUGCCAUAAGAAGAUAA